AUGUCGGACACUCUGUCCCACUCUAUUAGCCAUGCCCUCUUGGCCGCCCAACAGGCCUCUACGCACAUUGCCCCUAACCCUACAGAACACAUUACAGGCAAGGCCAGUGGGCGCAAAGCCACCAAAAAAGCUCGUCACAUGGACGAGGAAGCCUCCAAAACUUUAAGGACAGACAGGGAACGUCCUGUCAAAGAUAAUGUGGUUGCACCACAACAAAGAGCCACCCACCGGGCAAAAUCGGUGCGGAGUUGGAAAAGGGCAAAAGCCCAAGUGGAAUCAUCCGAGUCAGAUUCGGAACAGGAGGAGGCAUGGAGCGAGUCUGAUGAUGAGGACUCAUUCAAUUUGGGCACACUAUUCCCCGACCACAGCGCUAUAUCUAUGUCUGGGAAUGAGGACGAGGACGGGGUGGAAGGCUUCACCCUCCUUGACCCACAGGGCGAACCUUUGUUUGACCCUGAUAGUCUGCAGCACCCAAGAUCUACUGAAUGGUUCCCGCUGGACCAUGUGGCAAAAUAUAUUGCCGCACGGAUCAGGAAACCCCUUGAUAAGGUGGCAAGAAGUAAGAUGCGGGCAGAAUGCCCACGCCCCACGCUCCCAGAUUUAAUAUGUAUCGCCCCUAUAGUGGACCCUAAGAUUGCCCAGUUCCUGGGAAAAACUGGGUGGAAGGCGAAGAAGGGUCUCGAUUUUGCACUUCGCCAUUGCCAGGAUAAGAUCCUGGAUGUCCUCGGACCCAGUGCAAAGAUCUUUGAUAUGGUUGAAACGGCACUGGCAGGCGGUGCUCCCAUAGACCCGCUAGCUAUCAGGGGCUGGAUACAGCGAGCCAUAUGUCUUCUUGGAAAUGCCAACGUGGCUCUAGCCACUGAGAGGCGAAAGGCUAUAUUGAUUAAAAUCGAACCAAAGCUAGUUGCCUUGGCUAUCACUGAACCUGGGCCACAGGCCAAAGGCCUUCUUUUUGGGGAUAGUUUUGUGAAGGAGCUGGGUACCUAUGUGGGCACUUUUACUGCUCUGGACAAGGCGCAAGCCAAUAUGAAAAAGGUAUUCUCCCAUAGAGUUUUUGGCGGGGCCGGCAGAUAUCGGGGCCGUCUGCCCGGCCGUUCUUCCCGGGGCUCGUACCGGGUUUCUAGAGGCCCCUUCCAGUCACGUUACCAGAGUGAGGUACCGAAGCCCUCUCCAUUCUUCCCAGUUCGAGGAAGACCCUGGCAGGCUCGUGGAUCCAGAAGCGUUUCCUAUGGCCGACGCCCUUAUGGUGAGUCUACUUCCUUCAUCACUAACUUCAGCAACGUUGGUGGGGGGCAGGUUAGGCCACUUUAUCGAUGCCUGGCGAAUGUUAACUUCCGAUACUUGGGUCCUACAAACUGUAGUGGGUUAUGCCAUAGAAUUUGUACAAACACCUGUCCAGAUAUCCCCCCCCAGACACAUAGUCUCCUCCAUCCACGACAGGGCACUAAUCACAACAGAGAUACAAUCCCUGGCCGACAAAGGUGCAAUCAUAGAGACGCAUCCAGGGGUUUCAGGUUUUAUAAGCAACCUGUUCGUGGUGCCCAAGAAAGGCGGGGGUGUCCGUCCGGUCAUCAACUUACGUCCCCUGAACGCCUUUGUUGCGUACCACCAUUUCAAAAUGGAGGGCAUCCACUCCCUCCGAGACCUACUCCUCUUGGAGGAUUGGAUGGUCAAACUCGAUCUGCAGGACGCAUACCUCACCGUCCCAAUGGCCGAGGAUUGCCAACAUUUCCUCCAGUUCCAAUGGGAGGAGACCACAUGGCGUUUCAAAUGCUUGCCCUUCGGCCUCUCCUCGGCCCCAUGGUGCUUCACGAAGCUCAUGCGGCCAGUGAUCGCUCUCCUACGCAGCAGAGGAGUACGUCUGAUUAUAUACUUGGACGACAUGCUGCUGAUGGCACAAGACCCACUCUUACUCCAAGAACAUCUGAUUUGGACAAAGACAUUACUCGGCAACCUUGGUUUCCUCAUCAACUGGGGCAAGUCGGUGGUACAACCCUCCCAAGUCUUGGAGUUUCUAGGCUUCACCAUCGAUUCAGUGGAAGGGACACUCCUGUUACCAUCGUCCAAAGUCAGGAUCAUCAAGAAAGAAAUCCGCCGGACACUGGCUCGCCCUGCACUAACGCUACGGCAACUGGCCAGGAUCAUCGGCCUUCUCUCAGCCUCCAUCCAGGCCAUUUUCCCGGGCCCACUUCACUACAGGGCCCUUCAACGCCUAAAGGCGAAAUACCUUCGGUCAGGUCUCUCCUAUUCAGACUCUGUGCCUCUCGAUUGUGCUGCCAAAGAAGAACUCUAUUGGUGGCUGCAACACAUGGAAGCAUGGAACGGAAGAGCAAUCUUUGGGACGAGGCCGGACUUCGUCGCGGAAUCGGACGCAAGUCUGCUGGGCUGGGGCGCGCGUUGUGGUCCUAUCUCCACCGGAGGGAAAUGGUCCCCAGACGAACAAGAGUUACACAUCAAUUGCCUCGAGCUUUUGGCGGGGUCAUUUGCAGUUCGGAGUCUCGUAGGUAUCUCAACCAACUGUUCCAUUCUUUUACGGAUGGACAACGUGUCAGCGGUCUGCUACAUCAAUCAUCUCGGGGGUACGAAGUCAGUGGUGUUAGCGGAUCUAGCAAAAGACUUCUGGCACUUCUGCCUAGAUCGCAAUAUUUCGGUUCAGGCGGAACACAUUCCCGGGAUGUCCAAUAUGGUGGCGGAUUGGAAUUCCAGAUACCUACGGGAUGCAAGCGACUGGCGGCUGAAGCGGGCCAUUUUCCUGCAACUUCAAACACUCUGGGGCCCACUAGGGAUCGACCUCUUCGCUUCACGGUUGAACUCCCAACUACCGAGUUUCUUCAGUUGGAGACCGGAUCCAGAGGCAUUGGCUUCAGAUGCCUUCCUCCAUCAGUGGCCGAACACACAAGCGUACGCUUUUCCUCCUUUCUCAUUGAUUGCGAGGACGCUUCUACAUCUCAGGCGCUACCGAACCUCCAUGAUUCUCAUCGCCCCAUUCUGGACGGCUCAACCGUGGUUCCCUACAUUCAUGGAGUUGUCCAUGGACUACCCAAGAUUGAGUCCAACCUCUCCGGACCUCUUGUUGGACCCCAACGGGGAACCGCACCCCCUACUAUUACAAGGACACCUCCAACUACUGGCAUGGCUCCUCUCCGGGGACUUGGAUUCAUCCCGGACGUUCCACAAACAACUAUUGACCUUCUGGCGGGAGCUUGGGCUCCUGGAACACGGAAAUCCUACUUACAUGCCUGGAAUUCAUGGAGUGGUUGGUGCAUGGAACAACACAUGGAUCCCUUAUCGGCACCUAUAAGUCAAGUUUUGAGAUUUCUCACUUCUCUGUUUGACCAUGGCCUAGCCUAUCGCACGAUAAAUGUGUACCGAUCGGCUAUUUCCGCAGGCCACCAAGGGUGGGAUGGUGCCCCGGCUGGUAAACAUCUCCUCGUAUGCCGACUCCUGCGCGGCAUUAGAUUUGCACGCCCACCACUACCUAGAUACUCUUCAUCAUGGGAUGUUGACCUUGUCCUCCAGUUUCUAGCAGAUUGGCCAAGGAACGAAGAUCUCUCACUGAAACAACUCACAGCAAAGCUGGCGAUGCUGUUUUCUUUGAUCUCCUGUAAGCGGGUGUCAGAUGUGCGUGCGUUGGACUUCUCUGCACGUUCAUUCACCCCCGAAGGUGUCUCGUUUAAUAUUUCCAGGCGUACGAAGACGUCAAUCACCUCAGUUUUCUACCCGGCCUUUCCAAAUAACUCCAAGCUCUGCCCAGUAGCAUGUCUCAAGGAGUACGAGUCCAGGACUUCUUCGAUUCGUGAUCCUGCAUAUCCUGAGUUAUUCCUGGCCCUUCGUCAUCCGUAUCAUCCUGUUUCAACAGUCACCUUGUCUCGUUGGGUCAAGUGGGUUAUGAAAUUAGCAGGCAUCGACACUUCUGUGUAUGGAGCACACUCGGUCAGGGGAGCCAUGGCGACUAAAGCAUUCUCCAAAGGCUGCAGGUUGGAGGACCUACUCCGGGCGGCUGAUUGGUCCCGCGAAUCUACCUUCAAGGAGUUUUAUUUUCGGCCAGUUUCUCAUUUUUCAGAGGUGGUCGUGUCACAGCUUUGAACUAGCAUAAUAUGAGCCUCCGUGUUCUUAAAUAAAAUUACCAGAUUUUACUAAUUUCAUGACGUAAAGUCAUGAUUUUAUUAAGGACACGGAGGCGAGUAUUAUCCCACCCGAUGCAGGUAAGUGGUGCCCUCCCAUAGCUAAGUGGUCAAUAAGUUUGUUACGAGUUCAGAUUACUACAACAUAAUGCAGGUAUUGACAGGUUUUGGUUAGAGGAUAAUCUGGGUUUUGGUGGCAUAUAUUUCGAUGUCUAAUUCUGUUCAAAAGUCCAGAAACAUAUUUUACCAGUUUGUUUCUCUGUUCCUUUCAGCUUCAUGA